AUGGCGAUUUCUGAUAUCGUGAAUAUGAACAACGGAAACUCUCAUGAUAUAAAGAGCGAAGAGGAAGAUGUGCCUCUGGCCGCUCGUAUGAGUUUGAAACGGACAUAUUCGUCCAGUGAUGACGACGACGUCCCACUGGCCACAAAAAUGAAGGAAUCACGGAAAAGGAAACACAAGGAGCCUCUCUCUGAUUUUCCGGCAAGUUCCUUUGUGAAAACAUAUUUUCUUUUUAAGAAGAAGCGCCCGAAGUCGGAACCAAUGGCAAACGACAUCAAAAUUAAACCAGAGAAGAGUCCUUUUAAAAAUGAUGUUAAAUCGAAAUCGGCCACAGUUUCACCCAAAAAAAGAAUAAAAGAGGAAGAGAGCGAAACUGUUUGGAAGUGGUGGGAGGAAAAAAAUAGCAACGGCAAAUACAAGUGGCGGUUUUUAGAACAUAAUGGCCCAUUGUUCGCUCCUCCAUAUGUUCCGCUACCGGACAGUGUCCCUUUUUUCUACGACGGUCAACGCAUUAAAUUGUCGGAGGCGGCCGAAGAGGUAGCUGGAUUUUACGCUAAAAUGCUGGACCAUGACUAUACCAAAAUGGAGGUCUUUAACAAUAAUUUUUUCAAGGAUUGGCAAAGGGUGAUGACUCUCGAGGAAAAACAAAUCAUUAGAAAACUUUCAAGAUGCGACUUCACUUACAUGGCGGAAUACUACAAAAAGAAGGCUGAAGAGCGUAAGAAUUUGUCUAAGGAAGAAAAACAGAAGAUUAAGGAAGAAAACCAGCGUACUGUGGAGCAGUACGGUUUUUGUAUACUUGAUGGUCACAAGCAGAGAAUUGCAAAUUUCCGUAUUGAACCACCGGGUUUGUUUCGCGGUCGUGGCAAUCAUCCAAAAACUGGCACGCUGAAAAAGCGUAUACUCCCAGAAGACGUCAUAAUUAAUUGUUCACAAGAUGCCAAAGUCCCUUCUCCUCCUUCGGGCCACCGUUGGAAGGAAGUGCGUCAUGAUAAUACCGUUACGUGGCUGGCUUGCUGGGUUGAAAAUGUCCAGAAUAACUUUAAGUAUGUAAUGCUUAAUGCUUCCUCCCGUCUGAAGGGUGAAAAGGAUUGGAAAAAGUACGAAGUCGCCAGAAGGCUUCACAGCUGUGUAGACAAGAUUCGCGCUGACUAUCGUGCUGAUUUUAAGUCCAAAGAGAUGCGUGUCCGUCAACGUGCGGUAGCGCUUUACUUCAUUGACAAGCUGGCUUUGCGUGCCGGAAAUGAGAAAGAUGAAGAUGAGGCAGAUACGGUAGGAUGCUGUUCUUUGAGAUGUGAACAUAUUAAACUUCACGAAGAGUUGGACGGCAAGCCAUAUAUAGUGGAGUUUGAUUUCCCUGGCAAGGACUCGAUUCGUUACCAGAAUUCUGUCUCCGUGCCGAAGCGUGUUUUUAAGAAUCUGAAGAUCUUCAUCAAGAACAAACAAGGCAGCGAUGACCUUUUCGAUCGACUAAACACGACUACACUAAACCAAUACCUACGAGAAUUGAUGGACGGUCUCACUGCCAAAGUUUUUCGUACCUACAACGCUAGUCGAACCCUUGAGGAACAGCUAGAGCAUCUCACCAAUCCUGAUGACAUACCGGCUGAGAAGGUUCUUGCGUAUAAUCGUGCCAAUCGAGCCGUCGCCGUUCUUUGCAACCAUCAGCGUGCCGUGCCUAAGUCCUUCUCCACCUCUAUGGAGAACUUGCAGAAAAAGAUUGAUGCGAAAAAGGAACAAAUAGCUGAUGUUAUGCAGGAGGCCAGGCAAAUUAAGGCUGAUUAUUCACAUUCAAAGACUGCAGCAAAGCGGACUCAGUAUGAGAAGCUAAAAAAGCGCCUUGGAACCCUGAAGGAACAGUUGCUGAAACUUCAGGUUCAAGCCACGGAUAGAGAUGAGAAUAAGACCAUCGCUUUAAGCACAAGCAAACUAAAUUAUUUGGAUCCUCGGAUCACGGUCGCAUGGUGCAAGCGAUACAACAUUCCAAUUGAAAGGGUCUACAAUAGGACGCAGCGAGAAAAGUUCAUGUGGGCGAUUCAAAUGGCCACGGAAGACUACAAGUUUACCGACCUAACCUCAGACAAAGCUACAAACCAGUUGAAGCAAGAGGAUGAUGAGGAUCCUGAAGACGAACCGGGAGAUGAAGAUGACUUCUGA